GGCCAGGAGGCGGGGCGGACUGUGCCUUGCUUCUCAGCUCUUUCCUGGUCAUGGAAGUAUCUUCCUCCUGGCUGCUUCUGCUCCUUUUGCUCGGGGCCUGGGCCCCGGGGCCAGGCAUCGCCUCUCCAGAUGCGCUGCCCUUGGUCAACGAGGACGUGAAGCGCACAGUGGACCUAAGCAGCCACCUGGCCAAGGUGACGGUCGAGGUGGUCCUGGCGCACCCCGGCGGCAGCUCCACGUCCCGCGCCACCUCUUUCCUUUUGGCCUUGGAGCCAGAGCUCGAGGCCCGGCUGGCACAUCUCGGCGUGCAGGUGAAGGGAGAAGAUGAGGAAGAGAAUAAUUUGGAAGUACGAGAAACCAAAAUUAAGGGUAAAAGUGGGAGAUUCUUCACGGUCAAGCUCCCAGUUGCUCUUGAUCCUGGGACCAAGAUUUCAGUCAUUUUGGAAGCAGUCUAUACCCAUGUGCUUCAACCCUAUCCAACCCAGAUCACUCAAUCAGAGAAACAGUUUGUGGUGUUUGAGGGCAACCAUUAUUUCUACUCUCCCUAUCCAACAAAGACACAGACUAUGCGUGUGAAGCUUGCCUCUCGAAAUGUGGAAAGCUACACCAGGUUGGGGAACCCCACACGAUCCGAGGACCUCCUGGAUUAUGGACCUUUCAGAGAUGUUCCUGCCUAUAGUCAGGACACUUUUAAAGUACAUUAUGAGAACAACAGCCCUUUCCUUACUAUCACCAGCAUGACCAGAGUCAUCGAGGUCUCUCACUGGGGUAAUAUUGCUGUGGAAGAAAAUGUGGACUUGAAGCACACAGGGGCUGUCCUUAAGGGGCCCUUUUCACGCUAUGAUUACCAGAGACAGCCAGAUAGUGGUAUAUCCUCCAUCCGUUCUUUUAAGACAAUCCUCCCUGCUGCUGCCCAGGAUGUUUAUUACCGGGAUGAGAUUGGCAAUGUUUCUACCAGCCACCUCCUUAUUUUGGAUGACUCUGUAGAGAUGGAAAUCCGGCCCCGCUUUCCUCUUUUUGGAGGGUGGAAGACCCAUUACAUUGUUGGCUACAACCUCCCAAGCUAUGAGUACCUCUAUAAUUUGGGCGACCAGUAUGCACUGAAGAUGAGGUUUGUGGACCAUGUGUUUGAUGAGCAAGUGAUAGAUUCUCUUACUGUAAAGAUCAUCUUGCCCGAAGGAGCCAGGAACAUUCAAGUUGACAGUCCUUAUGAAAUCAGCCGUGCCCCAGAUGACCUGCACUAUACCUACCUGGACACAUUUGGCCGCCCUGUGAUUGUUGCCUACAAAAAAAAUCUGGUAGAACAGCACAUUCAGGACAUUGUGGUGCACUACACGUUCAACAAAGUGCUCAUGCUGCAGGAGCCCCUGCUGGUAGUGGCUGCUUUCUACAUCUUGUUCUUCACGGUCAUCAUCUAUGUCAGGCUGGACUUUUCUAUCACAAAGGAUCCAGCUGCGGAAGCCAGGAUGAAGGUUGCCUGCAUCACAGAGCAGGUCUUGACCUUGGUCAAUAAGAGAAUAGGUCUCUACCGUCACUUUGAUGAGACUGUCAAUAGGUAUAAGCAGUCCCGGGAUGUGUCCACCCUCAACAGUGGCAAGAAGAGCCUGGAGACAGAACACAAGGCCUUGACCAGUGAAAUAGCACUGCUGCAGACCAGGCUGAAGACAGAGGGCUCUGACCUGUGUGACAAAGUAAGCGAAAUGCAGAAACUGGAUGCACAGGUCAAGGAGCUGGUACUAAAGUCAGCAGUGGAAGCUGAGCGGCUGGUGGCUGGCAAGCUCAAAAAAGACACGUACAUCGAGAACGAGAAGCUCAUCUUAGGAAAGCGACAGGAGCUGGUCACCAAAAUCGACCACAUCCUGGAUGCUCUGUAGCCCCUGCCUGCUGUCUCCAUGAUUGGCCCAGGGUGCUACACUUACAGAUGGCAGGUGUGUUUGUGUGUGUUUUGUUCGGGUGGUCAACAUUGAGGCCAGUGAAUGCUGGCAUCUGUAUUUUUCAAAAGGCCUUCAAGGAAGAGAAGCCAGGCCCUGCCUCAGACAACACAAGAAGUUUAGUUUUUGUCCCUAAACUGUUUGUUUAACCAAAAAAAAAAAAAAAAAAACCUUAUA